AUGGCAAAGGCGGGACCAAACCACGACCCCCCACCCCCGCUAGACUUUGAGUCAUGGCUUCUACGUCGUAUCUUUGAUUUUACGGAGCAAAUACGCAGUGGGAGUUACAUUUGUGACAGUUACCGGGCUGUCAUGGAGCGCUGGCGGGGCAGAGUGGCUCUGGUGACCGGAGCCUCGGUCGGGAUUGGGGCGGCUAUAGCCGUAGAGUUAGUCCGGCUCGGCAUGAAAGUGGUGGGCUGUGCCAGGGACGUCGGAAAGAUUCAGGACGUGUGCAUCAACAACGCUGGCUUGGCUCACCCAGAGCCGCUGCUAAGUGGCGAAACCAGCGGCUGGAAGAACAUGAUGGAUGUGAACAUCCUGGGGUUGAGUAUUUGCACGCGUGAGGCAUAUCAGUCAAUGAAAGAGAGAAACGUGGAUGAUGGCCACAUCAUAAACAUAAACAGUAUGUCCGGUCAUCGUGUGCUUCCCAGUGCAAGUACACAUUUCUACACUGCCACCAAGUUCGCUGUAACCGCUCUCACUGAGGGCCUGAGGCAAGAACUGCGUGCAGAAAAAACUCAUAUCCGAGCCACGAGCAUUUCUCCUGGUUUAGUGGAGACUGAAUUUGGUCCACGGCUCUUCAAGGACGAUCCCGAUAAAGCUGCCGGUCUAUACUCAGAAUAUAAGCCUCUGGAAGCAAAAGAUGUUGCCAGUUCUGUUGUAUAUGUGCUCAGUGCCCCUCCUCAUGUUCAGAUUGGAGACAUUCAGAUGCGAGGGACAGAGCAGGUGUCUUAGAGCUGCACCACGAGACCCUCUCAAACAAUAAAUUUCACUUCUUUACAACAUUUUAAAAGAUAAUGACUUGAUACGAUCAUGAAACAAUUUUAUGGUGUUGUUUUUUUUUCACAAAUGCAUAAAAUAAAAAACAAUCUUCAGGGGAAA